GAGAUCAACCGCCUAAUUGAGCAGAGGCGUUCGCAGGUCAUGGAAGGCAUCCCGAUGAGUGUCCUGCCUAUUGCCAUCUCGAAGGCCGAACCUAGGCGGCUUUUCGGCUCUCAGAGCCUGGCAGAAGGUGUCACUGAGGCCAAGAGGGCCGUGUCCUUCCUCCCGGCGGUUCCGGACCUCGUCAAGCCGGUGACUUUGGCAUGGCACUUGCUGCUCGAAGUGUUGCUCUUCCUCGCCCUCGGGAUCGCAAGUGCGCAGCUGUCUGCCUUUCUUUGGUCCGUGGUGCUUUCUUUGCCAGCAUGGGCAUGUCGAUGCGGGCCGGAGUCAUAUCAAAACGUCCUUCUGGCUCUGAGCUGGCUCUCAGCUCUCGUGGCUGCAGCGUUCGUAUUGCCCUGGGCGACAGCGAAGAUGAGCAUUUCAUUGCCGAAGGAUUGGAGGAUGCUGGAAGGCGGCGUGCACUUGUUGGACCGGCCUGAGCACGCACUUCCCUUGCACGCCGGGAGCCAGCUUCGCAAAAGUGAGCGGGAGCACAGGUUUGACUACUACGUGUCAUCGAUCUUGUGGCUGAUCUUCGCUUCGUUUGUGCUAGGGGAGCUGCUGACGCAACUUGGAAGCCUGGGCCGCAGGCUGGCCGCCUGGAUGCGGUCAGAACCGCCGCCCAGCUUCACGCCGCUGCCAGUUCAUGAGCCCCGAAACGAAGACGACCAAGGUGGUCAAGGCUUCUGUUGGCACCGCGUCGUCUGGCAUCUGGUCCUGCACAUCUUCUGCGCUACCUUGGCAUUGCUAUCUUCAGCCACAGGUCGCCUGGAUGCCAAUCAUGGGCUCUGCUGGGAGGUCUACGAGUUCUGGGUACUGAUUAUGCUGCCGAUCUAUUUUCUCCAAGCCGUUGGCCUUGUGCUCUGCCUUCCCAGGGACUGCGAGGCGGUGCUGCCGAUUCUCGGGGAGCCCCUCGAUGUCUUCAAGGACUGGCUCUUCAUUGGGCUGGCAGUAGCCAUGCGGUCGUACUUCGGCUACAUCUUGGCCACCUUGGGCGUGCUGGUGCUCCUCAUUUCCGGCGCCUACAUGCAAGCCUUCCACUCGAAUGAGCUUCUGAAGCAGCUGUCUCCAGUGCAAGCCAUCCUGCACCGGAAAGUGCGCUUUCUGGAUGGCCAGACCUCGCCAGCCAAGCUUGCCGUGGCACUGACUGAAGACCUGCCCCAAGCGUUGCUGCAGUCCCUCUUUGUGAUGGUGUAUGGGGGCUCCGCGAUGCAGUUUCUCUUCAUCGGGAUCAGCUGCAUCCGCAUCUUCGCCUGCCUUGCUCUUCGAGCAGCCGUGCUCGAGGACGCGCAGCGCCACGCGGAGGCGUGGGAGGCCCAGGCCCGCUUCCUGAAGCUGCUGCUCCGCCUCUUCCAGAUCAUUCUGAGCCCACAGCACUCGUGGGCACUGGCAGCAAAAGCGAACAUGGCAACCACGCUCAGGAGGCUGGGCAGGUUUGAGGAGGCGCUGCAGAUGGGACAAGAGGUCCUGGCUGCUCGAACUGAGGUUUUCGGAGCACGCCACCCAGACACGCUCGCCGCGCAAGGAAACGUGGCAUUCACUGUCAGGAUUCUUGGCAGGUUCGAGGAGGCGCUACAGAUGGAACGAGAGGUCCUGGCUUCUCGGACUGAGGUUUUGGGAGCACGCCACCCAGACACGCUUGCCGCGCAAGGAAAGCUGGCAACCACGCUCGAGAGUCUGGGCAGGUUCGAGGAAGCGCUGCAGAUGGAACGAGAGGUCCUGGCUGCUCGAACAGAGGUUUUGGGAGCACGCCACCCGCGCACGCUCCUUACGCAAGGAAACGUGGCAAACAAUCUGAGGAGUCUGGGCAGGUUUGAGGAGGCGCUGCAGAUGGAACAAGAGGUGCUUGCUUCUCGGACUGAGGUUUUGGGAGCACGCCACUUCGAAACGCUCAGAACGCAAGGAAACCUGGCAACCACGCUCAGGAGUCUGGGCAGGUUUGAGGAGGCGUUGCAGAUGGAACGAGAGGUCCUGGCUGCUCGAACUGAGGUUUUGGGAGCACGCCACCCAGACACGCUUGAUGCACAAGGAAACCUGGCAACCACGCUCAAGAGUCUGGGCAGGUUGGAGGAAGCGUUGCAGAUGGGACGAGAGGUCCUGGCUGCUCGAACUGAGGUUUUGGGAGCACGCCACCCGCACACACUCCUUGCGCAAGGAAGCAUGGCAGAGUGCUUGCAUGCAUUAGACAGGACCGAAGAGGCAACAGGAGUUUGCCAGCACGUCCAGGAUGUCCUAGUGGAAGUGCUAGGCCCGGGCCAUCCUCACACGCAGUGGGUGCAAAGCUUGCUGGCUCGUUUUGCGGAAUCCCGAGAGCCGUCCGAGCCGGCAACACUCCUGAACCGACAUCGCCGAGCGGGUAGUCCAGGAAGCGGCGACGAGAAGAAGAGCACAGGCCAGUGA